GGAAGAUAAAAAGUAUAAAGUUUGGGAUGUGAUUCAUAUGUGAGAUGUAUUGUAAAAUUAAAAGUAUAAUUAACAAAAUUAUAAAAUGAGUUGUAGAAUAUUGAAAGUUGUCCGUUUUAAUCGCAUAACAUGUUUUUUUAUUCCACUAAAAUUUUAAAUUUCAUCCUCGCAAUCUUCUACACAUUUAUCGCAGAUACAUACCAAUGCCACGGAAUCCGACUGGGAACUAUACCAACUCCAGGCAUUAGGAUAACAAGUCCCUUGGCUAGGAUAACAAGUCCAGGCAUUAGGAUGGGCAAAAUCAUGUUCAUAAACAAAGGAUGUAUAAAGCCGUAUAGCAUAAAUAUAACUAGUAAUUUCCUGGUUAAAUCGAGUAAAGUUGAUGAAAUCUUGGAGAAUCUGAAGACUUUGACGCUCUUGGAGACGUCUGAGCUGGUGAGGAAAAUCGAGGAGGUUUUUGGCGUUUCAGCGCAGCCUGUGGGACCACUUACGCUACAGCCGCAGUCUACUGCGCCAACUGAAGAGUACCAGGACGAGGAACCAGACGACACGAAGGAACGUGAGCGUGACAAGAAGAGGAAGCUGAACGUUGUGAUCAAGGAAAUUCUAAAGGAAAAGAGAAUCAACGCGUAUAACAAAAUCAAGGAAUACUACCCGAACAAGUCCGCAACGGAAAUCAAGAAGAUUAUGGACGCACUCCCGCACGUCGUCAAGACCGUCACCUCCCGAAGGGAAGGCGAGGAAAUCAUACAAAAACUCAGCAUCGAAGGCAUGACCGUCGAUUUCGAAUAAACACAAGAAAUAAUUUGUUUCUCACAA